ACAAAACUGCGUUUUUUUCGUCUUGAAAGCAUAUGAAUGCAUGUUACCGGUCAUAUUAUUACAUCUUUAUGAUUUUCUUAUAAUUUGAAUGCGUUUAAAGCAAAAAAACACGUCCCUUAAACAAAAACCUUUCAAACCAAUCAUUUUUAUAUAUUAAUGCUAUGCAUAUUUCAUUAAGGUGUAACACCAUUUAAUUACAAAUAUAUAUAUGUUAAAAUUCACGACAGGGAGAAGACUUAAAGGAGCAUUGUUGAGUGUGUAGUAUUGGGGCUGGAUCAGGCUGACGAACAGAAAAUGGCCGCCGGGUUUAACUGGUUUCUUGUGUUGAGCGCCGUGUUUCUGUGCAACCUCGUGAAAUCGUUGCUUCCGUCCAUUUCUUCAUGUCUGUCAAGGCUCUUUCAGAAAGAUGCUGAACAGGAGACGGAGAUGCGGACGGAGAUCCAGAACUUGAGGAUGGAGCUUUCCAGCAUCAGUAUGAUGGAUGAGUUUGCCAGAUACGCUAGAUUGGAGCGCAAGAUCAACAAAAUGACCGAUCAGCUAAAGACUCUAGUCAAAUCCAGGACUGCACAGCAGGCAAAGAUGAAGUGGGUUGUGAAUAUUGCAUUUUACAUUCUCCAGGCUGCGCUUAUGAUCUCACUCAUAUUGAAGUAUUAUGCAGACCCAGUUACAGUGGUGCCUAGUAAAUGGAUUUCUCCACUAGAGAAACUGGUUGCUUUUCCAUCUGGAGUGGCAGGUGGUGUUGGAAUCACAUGCUGGCUAGUUGUCUGCAACAAGGUGGUUGCUGUUGGUCUUCAUGCUGUCAGUUAAACCAAGUUACCUCAGUGUUGUCGCAACAUAAUUGUGCAGUGAGUGGAUCUUUGGUACUUGCUUAAAGUUUGUAUCAAGUUCCAUGUGAAACGCCACUGAUUUUUAACCACUGCUCAUUAUAGGUCUGUAAUAUAUUGCUUUUAAAAACACAAAAUUUGCAAACAUGUUAUUCCUUGACUGGCUUAAAUAUGUUCUUUUGUCAUAUAUUUUGUGUUUCAAAUUGUGACCAACAAAAUGUUAUAAUUUAUUAUAAUUGAUUGUACUGUAUGUUGGAUUUCUUUUUACACUUCUUUGUCAAAGCCUGUACCACCAAUAUUUAUUUGACCGUGUUCUGUCCAUAUCCAUGCAUUAAAAUGUGCAGAUGAAAAGGUG